AUGGCCGAGCCUGAAUGUGAGAAAACAAUUCUUGGUCAAGAAAAGAAACCGUUUUCAUUCGUUUUAUUAAAGAAAAAAGAUGCGAAAGUCUUGGAGAAGAAAGAGGUCAAAGAAACUGACUUUGUUCAUGCGUUAGAAGGAAAGGAAGUUAAAAGCACAAAACCCAAAGAAAAGGAAAAGCUGCUUGUCAUCCCGCUGAUAAAACGCAAUGAUUAUGGUCGCCAUGGAAAUAGACAAUCAGAUAAGAGUGAGAAGUCGGAUGACAAGCCAACAUCAGACCAGAUUGGAAAGCCCAAGGUGCAAGACGGUGAACAGCCAAAAUCUGAGAUUGGUGAAAAACCGAAGGAAAACAAUCUUGAAGAUGAUGCAGUCAAAGAAAUAAUCAAAGAUGCGGCUCUAUAUAAUGAUGAUUGGGAGGGGCGAGGCAAGGAAGACUUGAAUCUUACAAUCCCAAUCCUGAUGCAGAAUCAAGUUCCUGAGGGAUUUGAGACGGAUGGUAAACUUGAUGUCUCCAUCAGACCUAAUGAGGCAACAAAUGCUGACUACAGCCAAGUUCCUAUUGAGCAGUUUGGUCUUGCAAUGCUAAGGGGAAUGGGCUGGAAUCAAGGCGAGGGAAUAGGUGGAAAGAUGAAGAAAUUUGUGAAGCCCAUUGAAGCAGUUCUACGUCCCAAGGGUCAAGGUCUUGGAGCUGAUCGACGACCUGGGGAUGAACUUGACCGGAAGAAGAUCCGUAAACUUAAACCAGGGGACAAGAGGGUGGAGGAGGAACCACAAGGUUUUGCUAAGGGCGUUGGGGUCUUGGUCACUGGAGGAGCUCAUAAAAACCUAUAUGGAAAGAUUGAAGGUGUGGAUGAGGAUAACGCACGUCUAGUCAUCAAGCUCGCACUGAGUGGUCAAUCAGCCACACUCAGUCAGUCUAGUGUCAAGAUCGUAGACAAAGAUGAGUACAGGAAAUUCUCCAGAGACCUUAGUCGAUUCAGCAAGGCGCACGAGGCAUCCAAAGAAAAGACAGCAACCCAACGAGACAGGGACCAAGACCACAGUGCAAAAUCCACCUCACACCACGGAGAUAAAGAGAAAAGAACUCACAGUGAUGAUAAACACAGAACUGAUGAUCAUGACAGGGACAGUGGUAACCACAGAGACAAACAUAGUCAUACACACAGGGGCAGUAAGAGAGACACGGAUAGUGAUAGACAUGGUGAAACAAGAGAAAAGAAGCAUGACAAAUACAAAGAUAGACAUGAUGAGAGAACCAAUGAGGAUAGAAGGGAUGACAGAAGCGAAAAGAGGAGAAAAUUGGAAGAUACUUACGGCAGGGUCAGUCCUCACGGAGAAUCCCACAACGGCCACUCGGACCACACGGAGCAGAGACACUGGCUGAGGCCUGACCUAAGAGUGAGAUUCAUUGACAAACAGUACAAGAAGGGGAGGUACUACAAUACAAAAGUCAACAUCGUAGAUGUGGCGACCAGAGACACGUGCACCUGCCGAACGGAUGAUGGGAAAUUACUCGAUGGUAUUGAUCAGAGCAUGGUGGAGACAUUAAUACCCAAGACAGAGAUGGCGUGUGUUAUGAUCGUAGCUGGUGGACUCAAAGGACAGUUGGGUUCAUUAGUAAAGCGAGACAAAACGAGAGCCAAAGCUGACGUCCAACUCCUGAGAGAUCGGGACCAGAUUAAGAGACUUGACUAUGAUGAUAUAUGUGAAUAUGCUGGCAAUAUACAUGAUGAGGACGAUUACUAGACCAUUUGGAGGUCAUAGCAAAUUUUGAAAAAACCGUUGUACAUGAGCGUGUUAUCUUCCUGUAUAAACUUACUUCGAAAGUGGGGCCAAUUUCAUAAAGCUGUUAAGCAGAAAAUGCUGCUUGACAAAUUUCUUUGUUUAACAAAAAUUGA